AUGAGCAGUGCACAACAGACGGCCUCUGGCCCGCCGUACGUACCCACGGUAGCUCUUCUGGGUCUGACCCCAACCUCAACCGUCGACAUCCCAAUCUCCGCCGUCCUGAUCGCAUUCUUCCUAUGCUCAGCAGUAGCAAACUUCACGAUAUUCAGGCGCAACCAAGCCCGCGCGCACAAAUUCAUCCCGUCCAUGGUUCUUUUCGGCUUCUCCAUGGCGCGCACGGCAGCACUGGUCCUGCGAAUCGUCUGGGCGGAGCGGUUGACGAACGCGAGCCUGGGCAUCGCUGCAAUGAUCCUCGCCAGCGCCGGCACCGUGAUCCUCUUCGUCAUCAACCUCAUUCUCGCCCAGCGCGUCCUGCGCUCUCUUCAUCCGCGAUUUGGCUGGCACCGGGUUCCGAGCUUCGCCUUCAUGUUUCUGUACUUUUGCGUCGUGGCCUGUCUGAUCAUGACCAUCGUCCCGACGGUUCUUACGUUCUACACCCUCGACACCUCAGUUCGCCAAAAGGCACGACAAAUUCAGCUUUUCUCUGGCACCUAUCUCGCCCUACUGGCGUUUCUCCCGAUCCCUAUCGUUGGUCUCGCAGCUGCGUUCCCAAAGUCUACGAAGCCGGAGCCUUUCGGCAGCGGCUCUCUCCGGACGAAAAUGGUUUUGGUGCUGGGGACCGCCGCGCUUUUGACCCUGGGCGCUGGUUUUCGCAUCGGCGUCAACUUCACAACGCCACGACUUGCAUCGAACCCGGCGUGGUAUCAUCAGAAGGCAUGCUACUACGUCUUCAACUACGUUCUCGAGAUUAUUGUCGUGUACACGUAUACGUUGUCUCGUUUCGAUAGACGAUUUUAUGUACCAAAUGGAGCUAAAGGACCAGGAGACUACGCUGCCGGCUUUGCCAUGCAACACGCCGAGAGUCAAGGCACCAAUGAGUUCACCGAUUCUAAUCUCAAACAUGUCUAA